AUGGGUGUCCCCGCCAUGUUCCGCUGGCUCAGCCAGAAGUACCCCAAGAUCGUGUCCAGCGUCGUCGAGGACCAGCCCAAGAAGGUCGACGGCACCACCAUCCCCGUCGACCGCACCACGCCCAACCCCAACGGCGAGGAGUUCGACAACCUCUACCUCGACAUGAACGGCAUCGUGCACCCGUGCUCGCACCCCGACGACGGCCCCGCCCCGCGCACCGAGGCCGACAUGAUGGUCGCCAUCUUCGAGUACACCGACCGCGUCGUCGGCAUGGUGCGCCCGCGCAAGCUGCUGUACAUGGCCGUGGAUGGCGUCGCCCCGCGCGCGAAGAUGAACCAGCAGCGCUCGCGCCGCUUCCGCUCGGCCAAGGAGGCCGCCGAGAAGGACGCCGAGCGCGCCGAGUUCGUCAAGAUGCUGACGGCGCAGAAGGCGAGCCGCGGCGAGGACAUCCACAGCCUGGACGAGGUCGUCGAGAAGACGUGGGACUCCAACGCCAUCACGCCGGGCACGCCCUUCAUGCACAUGCUCGCCGAGUCGCUGCAGUACUGGUGCGCCUACAAGUUCACCACCGACCCGUCGUGGAAGGACAUGAAGGUUAUUAUUUCUGACGCCUCCGUCCCCGGCGAGGGCGAGCACAAGAUCAUGAACUUUGUGCGCUCGCAGCGCGCCAUGCCCACCCACGACCCCAACACCUCGCACGUCAUCUACGGCCUCGACGCCGACCUGAUCAUGCUGAGUCUGGCCACCCACGAGCCGCGCUUCCGCGUGCUGCGCGAGGACGUCUUCUUCGACUCGGGCAAGGACAAGGUGUGCACGCGCUGCGGCCGCAAGGGGCACAUCCGCAGCAACUGCGAGUUCCCCGACGACGGCAAGAAGCUGACCGAGGAGGAGGCCGAUGAGGAGUGGGCCUCGGCCGAGCACGCGAAGAAGCCGUACAUCUGGCUGCACACGGGUAUUCUGCGAGAGUAUCUCGCCGUCGAGAUGGACACGCCGAAGAGGACUUUCGCCUACGACCUCGAGCGGUCCCUCGAUGACUGGGUGUUCAUGUGCUUCUUUGUUGGAAACGAUUUCCUGCCGCACUUGCCCAGUCUGGAGAUCCGCGACCAGGGCAUCGACCUGCUGAUCAGCAUCUGGCGCGACCUGGCCGCCGAGAUGGACGACUACGUGACCAAAGACGGCUUCCCGGACAUGCGCCGCGUGCAGCAGAUCCUCACCGCGCUCGCCGGCAAGGAGGCCGACAUCUUCAAGAAGCGCAAGGAGGUGUCGGACCGCCAGGCCGCCAGACGCGCGCAGCGGGAGGGGGGUAAUCGCGGGCGCGGACGUGGCGGACGCGGCGGCGGCGGCGAUCGCAACGGCGAGCCGCCCUUCAAGCGCGUCAAGGAGGACACCAGCACGUACAUGAACUCGGGCGUGCUGUUCUUCGCCCCGCAGGACGCCCAGUCCAGCGAGGUCCGCAGCGCCCACAAGGACGUGCUGCACAGCCGCGACCUGCAGACGAACAAGAGCGCCGCGGCGCGGCUCAAGGAGCUGAUGAAGGGCAAGGACGGGGAGGCCUCGUCUGAGACUGUUUCUGACACCACCGACACCGAGCCGGUCCAGCUCGGCAAGCGCAAGGCCGAGGACGAGCCUGUAGUGACUGAAGCCCCCAAGCCCGCCGCCGACGAGCCGCUCCCCGACACCAUCAUGCUGUGGGAGCCCGGCUACGAGGAGCGCUACUACCAGCAAAAGUUCCACGUCGCCCCCGACGACAUCGCCUUCCGCAACAAGGUCGCCCGCCAGUACGCCGAGGGCCUGUGCUGGGUGCUCGCCUACUACAUGCAGGGCUGCCCGUCGUGGACCUGGUACUUCCCGCACCACUACGCGCCCUUCGCGGCUGACUUUGUCGGCCUCGAGGACAUGGACCCGAAGGCGCUCUUCGAGAAGGGCACGCCCUUCCACCCGUAUGAGCAGCUCAUGGGCGUGCUCCCGGCGGCGUCGAACCACGCCAUCCCGGAGCCCUUCCGCGUGCUCAUGGAGGAUCCCGACAGCCCUAUCGUCGACUUCUACCCCGAGGACUUCCCCAUCGACCUCAACGGCAAGAAGUUCGCCUGGCAGGGCGUCGCCGUGCUGCCCUUCAUCGACGAGAAGCGGUUGCUGGCCGCCAUGGCGACGAAAUACCCCGAGCUCUCGCCCGACGAGAAAGCGCGCAACGAGUUCGGCAAGGAAACCCUCAUGUUCUCCGCCCAAGGUGAGCUGUUCCCCGCCGCCAACACCGCGCUGUACCGCACCAACGUCGGCUCCCACACCAUCGACCCCGCCACCUCGGCCGCCCUGCACGGCGCCAUCGAGAAACACGACGCCUUCGUCCCCGACGCAACCCUCACCCCGCCCUUCGACGCCGACGGCACCGACUUCGAGCCCGUCCAGGACGGCUCCAUGCGCGUCUUCUACGAGAUGCCGUCCCUGACCGCCGCCACCGCACAUAAAUCCGUGCUGCUGGCCGGCGUCAAGCUGCCCUUCCCCGCGCUGUCAGAGGGCGACAAGGCGGCUGUCAGGCGCAACCAGGACCGCGGCGGGCGCGGCGGGUACCGUGGCCGCGGCGGCGGCGGAUUCGGUGAUCGCGGGCGCGGCCGCGGUGGGUAUGGUGGCGGAGGUUAUAACAACGGAGGAGGAGGAGGGUAUGACCGCAACAACAACGGUGGUAACUACAACAACGGCGGCGGUAACUACAACAACAACAACAACAACAACGGCUACAACGGCAACUACAACGACCGCAACGGAAGUGCUGGGAAUGGAGGAGGUUACGCACAAGGCCCACCAGGCUUCCCCCAGCCCUUCACCCCCGGCGCACACUCCUGGCCCGCGCCCCCGCCGCUGCACAACGGCGUGCCACCCCCGCCGCCGGGCUGGGUGCCGCCGCCUGGGUUCGGUGCGCCGGGGCAGGGGCAGUAUGGCCAGCAGCAGCAGCCAAGAGGUCCGCCGCCGGGGUUGGGCGGGAGAGACUACAACGGCGGUGGACGGAAUGGGGGCGGUGGUGCUGGGUACGGGGGUAAUCCGUAUUCAGAUCGUCAGCGCAGUGACCGCAGCGGCGGCGGUGGUGGACGGGGUGGGAGGGGUGGAGGCGGAGGCAACGGGGGUGGAUACGGAGGGGGAAGAAAUGGAGGUGGUGGUGGUGGGAAUGAUGGACGGUGGAAGGAGGGCAGCGGUUGAGCUGCUAGACUUCUCUGGACCGGUCGAAAGGGCGACGGUGGUGAGGUUGGGUGGGAAGGGUGGAGAUGGGAAAAUGAAGGAAAAGGGGGAGAUGUAGGAUACGAUAGUAUAUUCCAAAAAUCUGUUCACGCGUCUA